AUGGCUGCAGCAACUAUUUCUAUUGAACAAGACCAGUUUUGUUGUUCAGUGUGCCUGGAGGUGUUAAGAGACCCGGUGACGAUCCCCUGUGGACACAGCUACUGCUUGGACUGCAUUGAAGAUUACUGGACAAGGGUCAAGCAGAAAGGCCAGUACAGCUGCCCACAGUGCAGGCAGGUGUUUAAUCCCAGGCCUCUGCUGAGUAGAAACACAGUUCUGGGCGAAGUGGUGGAAAAGUUUCAGAGAUCUGGAUUUCAAGACGCAGCUCAACACUUGGCCAAACCCGAGGAAGUGAAAUGCAGUGUUUGCACAUUGAGAAAAAGCAAAGCUGUAAAAUCCUGCCUUGUGUGCUCCGAGUCUUAUUGUGCUGUUCACUUGAGAGUCCACGAAGAACGCUUUCAUGGGAAGGUCCAUAAAUUGAUCCCAACUGUAGAUCAGCUGAGGGAGAAGCUGUGCCCACAUCAUGAUAAAUCACUGAGGCUGUACUGUCGCACUGACCAGCAGUGUGUGUGUUCCCAGUGUGUCAAAGAGAGACACAAGGGCCAUGAUGCAGUCUCAGUGGUGGAUGAGAGAGCAACACAACAGAAAAAACUCCAAGAAGCCUCUUUGAAGUCUGUGCAGAAAUUGAAGGACAAGGAGAAGGAACUUAGAUAUGUUGUCAGAUACAUUAAGCACUCCACAGAAGCAGCAGUGGAGGAAAGCGAGAGGGUUUUCUCCAAGUUGAUCCGCUCCAUAGAGAAACAAAGCAGUGAGGUGAAGGAGGUGAUGAGAGUCCAGGAGAGAGCAGCUGUCAGUCAGGCCGAGGAGCUGCUGGAGAUGAUCCAGAGGGACAUAACCGAGCUCAGGAGGACCGGUGCUGAGCUGGAUAAGAUUUCUGGCACUGAGGACCACACCCACUUUCUUCAGAAGUGCAAGUCUCUUCAUUUCACUACGAAGACUGUGGAGAUGCCCAGCGCUGAUGCACUUCAAUAUAUGAUGUAUAAAACCAUGAGAGGAGCCCUAGCUGAUCUCAAAGACAGUCUGGACGAAACACUUGAAAGAGAAUUCAACAGGAUCUCUGAUAAAGUCAUUUCACUGAAGGAGACCAGCAAUCAAAGUACCUCUGAAAAGACUAAAGUAAAAGACACUGAGGUACCAUGCAACCUAGAACCGAAGACAAGAGCUGAUUUUCUACAAUAUUACAACGAUAUAACCCUGGACUUGAACACAGCCAACCCUUAUCUAAGCUUCUCUGAUGGUCAAAGAGGGGUGACCACACGUUCGGAGCCACAGCCAUACCCGGACCAUCCGCAUCGCUUCACCAGCUGGGCCCAGGUGCUGUGCAGAGCUGGGAUGGCUGGACGCUGCUACUGGGAGGUAGAGUGGGCUGGUAACGGAGGGGUUUCCAUCGGCGUCUGCUACAAAAACAUGGGCAGGAGUGGAGCAGGGAGUGACUGUAAGCUUGGACACAACUCCAAAUCCUGGAGCCUGGACUGCUCUUACUCAGUCUGUUCAUUUCAGCACAAUAAGGAGGGUUUGAUCAUCGCUGCUCCGUGCUGCAGCAGGAUAGGAGUGUAUCUGGAUUUCAGGGGUGGGACUUUGUCUUUCUAUAAUGUUUCUGAUACAAUGGUUUUACUCCAUAAAGUCAAGACUACAUUCACCCAGCCUGUAUACCCAGGAUUUUGGGUGGGUUUAAGCUCUACUUUGAGGCUGUGCUCUCUUUAA